CUAAAACUACUGUAGGCUUGGAUUUGGAUUGUAAAAUUAACAUAGAUUAGUAUUUAAGAAGAAAUAACUUGUGUUGAUCACAUCUUCGUCUGAGGGACUACGGGGAAUAUAUAAAAGGAAGCUAAGUGGGACCAAGAUUAAAAGGUUACAUCCAGCUCCUCCCUCUAGAAAUCCUGAGAAGACCCAAUGGAGCCAAUUGUUAGCUACAAAUAUAAUACGGCUUACCCAAGCAUUGGCAAGUGUAUUAUAAUUAACAACAAGAACUUUCUGCAAAAGACAGGCAUGUCUUCUCGGAAGGGAACGGAGAAAGAUGGGGAAAAUCUUAAGAAAACUUUUGAAGACUUGGGUUAUAAUGUCAAGGUCUUUAAUGACCAGACUUGUAAUCAGAUUGAGAGCUGUUUACUAGCAGUUGCCCAGGAAGACCACAGCAAAGAGGCCUCUUUUGUGUGCGCGCUGCUGAGCCACGGAGAUGAAGGAGUGCUCUACGGAACGGACGGUUGUAUCACAAUGAAAAAACUGACCAACUGUUUUGGGGCAGACUACUGCGCAACACUGGUUGGAAAGCCAAAAAUGUUUUUCAUACAGGCUUGCAGAGGAUCCGGACUAGAUGCAGGCAUUGAAGCAGACAGUGCUGAAGAUGAAACUCAUUAUAAUGAUUUCCCUAAAGAACCUGAUUUCUUAUUUGCGUAUUCCACAGUGCCAGGUUACUUUUCUUGGAGGAAUACCGGCAUGGGCUCCUGGUUUGUCCAAUCCCUGUGCUGUGUUCUGGGAAAAUAUGGCAAGGAGCUGGAGCUUAUGAAAAUCCUCACACGUGUCAACUACAAGGUGGCACUGGGGUUUGAGUCCUGCUCAAACACUCCAGCCUUGAAUGCUAAGAAACAGAUACCAUGUAUUGCUUCCACACUAACUAAUGAAUUUUAUUUCUAAAGUUUACAAAUUUUGUUUUGCUAGAAUGGAAACAUCUGUUGGUAACCCAUUGGUUCAAAUAGUUUACUGUCUCUCCAGUCACAAGGAAAACUCAAAGAGAACACUUGUAAACCUGAUGGAUCAUUAUUAAACUGGUCAUUUUUGUUCAUACAAGAUCUACACAAAAUAAUCUGAAAAAAAAUAGAAUGCUGCAAGGUAGUAUGUGCACAGGGAAUGUUGUUUUCUGCAAAGUAAAUUAUACGCAAAAAAUGAACUUGUACAGUAUUGUCAGUGUUUGGCACUGUUUGCAAAAAAACAUUGUAUAGAAUAAUGUUAGUGACCUCUGAGUAAUUGUUGUAUAAUAAAACAUUUUAA